AUGGCCGGCACCGGCGCCAUGGCAGACACAACCGAUUUGAGCCUCGAUGCUCCUAGUGACCUCCAGGAUAUACCUGACAUCUCCAUGGACUUGCUUCCACCGCCAGAGGGCACAUAUCCAGACCGCGCUACUCUACUCGCGGCCGUUCAAGCCCAUGGAAAGGCCCACGGUUACAAUGUCGUAGUGAAAUCCUCGAGCACUCCAACAGAAAAGAAGCCCGGCCGGACAGCGAAGGUGUGGUUACGAUGUGACCGCGGUGGCCAAUACAGGCCGCGGAAUGGGCUGACGGAAGAGACACGGAAACGGAAAAGAACGUCCCGUCUUAUGGAUUGUCCUUUCAUGAUGGUUGCUGCGGGAAACCCGGGCAUCUGGACGCUCACGGUUCUGAACCCAACUCAUAAUCACGGCCCGGUCACUGAAAAGCCCCGACCGGCUCCUCAAAGUAGAGUGAAAAAGGGCCAAGUCAACGCGAUUCCGUAUGACUGGCCGCAUGACGCGACUUUCACCCCAUUUAUGACUGCUUUGGUUGUUAUUGAUAUGCAGCGCGACUUUUGUUCACACGGGGGUUAUAUGGAGUACCAGGGCUACGAUGUCGCAACCGCCCAGAUCCUUGUGCCAAGAUUACAACGUUUGUUAAGCGCAUUUCGAAGUUCAGGAUUUCCUGUCUAUCACACCCGUGAAGGCCACCGCCGUGAUCUUUCUACUCUCUCAACCAGAGAGAAUUUCAGAUCUCGCAACAAUCCCUCCGGCGCUGGCAUAGGCGCAGACGGCCCUCUUGGGAAAUUUUUAAUUCGCGGGGAGCCGGGGCAUGAUACUAUAGCGGAGCUUUACCCUAUUCCCGGCGAGCCAGUAAUUGACAAGCCUGGUAGGGGUGCUUUCACACACACAGAUUUCGAGCUUCUUUUACGAAAUAAAGGCGUGAAGAACCUUGUUCUUGCUGGCCUAAUGACGGAUGUAGCCGUUUCUACUACAAUGAGAGAGGCCACCGAUCGCGGGUUUGACUGUCUCCUGUUGGAAGACGGAACGAUAGCACACGAUCCGAACUCGCAUAUAAGUGUUUGCGAGUCGAUCAAGAAAGAAGGAGGUGUUCUUGGCGCCGUAGGCAAGCUUGAUGAUAUUGUACGGGCAGUGGAAAAUUUCAGGUCAACGACCGUCAAAAGACUUGCCCCACAAAUGGCUACAUGA